UGAGUGUUACGCUUGAUCAUUUUCAUUCCUUCGAAUAUUUUUUUGACUUUAUAACAGUUCGUCAUACAAGAUUUUCAUUGAAAAUGAUCUCUGGAAAAACCGUGUUUGUUGUUCUAGUACUGCUCUUGGAAGGAAUGGUGUAUGCACAAAAUCCAACUAAUUUGCAGUGCAGUUCAUCAACUACCAUACAAUUAGAUAAGCUUUUGGAAUCUUUCAAGUAUCCUGCGUCGGGUUUAUAUCCAGCGAAUACUAACUGCAAUUGGCUUUUUCAAGCGGCUGACCCAGAUAACAGAAUAACAUUUGAAGUCAGCGAAAUUUUUGUUGAUUGUGGCGACACCUUAUUGUUCUAUGAUGGAUCCUCUACAACUGCUACACCACUGACACCUACAAGUGUCUGUUGCUCUAGUAGUAGUUCUUGUGGUUCAGCAAAACCCAAACAAACAAGCACCGGAAGUAAUAUCUUUGCGUUUUUUAUGUCUGACGGAACACAAAAGUCUUAUGAGAACGGAUUUCUUGUAUCCUUUUUAACGGGAAAAGACGAAUCCAAUUGCCCAUCAUCCAAGACACACAACACAGUAACCAUUUCUACGGAAACAACCCUGACAUCUCCAAGCUUUCCUGCUAAGUAUCCACUAAAUUUUAAUUGCACAAAUACAUACACAAAUCCAGGAGGAAUGGUGUCUGUUCAGUUUAAGUACUUUGAUGUUGAAGAAGACCCAAAUAACCCCGGGAAUUGUUUCGAUUCUGUGGAGAUUUUUGACGGUGAUUCGACAAGUUCUCCCUCAUUGGCAACACUCUGUGGAACCACUGCACCCGAUCAACCGUAUACUUCUUCUGGAGAAAGUCUUACCAUAAGGUUUAAGAGUGAUAAUGUGGAUCCAAAACAUGGAUUUUAUGCCAGUGUUUCUCCUGUCGGUGAUGAACCAACAACGACAACAACGACGACAACAACGACGACAACGACGACAACGACAACAACAACGACAACACCACCCACAACAAAGAAGUGCUGUCGUAGACGAAGGCGUAGAUGCUCCAUCCGCAGAAGGAGACGCACCCCUUAAUAAAAUCAACAGUCAAAAUGGACACUGGUCCUCAUAUCAUUCACUAUAUUGCGGAAUAUAUUACAAUUUAAAGAAGAUAUAGGAAUUUAUAUCUUAUUACUUUUCCGUUAACCAUGUUCGAAACGCAGUUGUAUGCUUUUAUGAAUAAACAUAUUGCCGCAAGGGCAUCUUUACUAUAA